UCCGACGCUCUGUCUUUAUCUGUACAAACAAACAAUCCAAAUCGCUGCCUGCCUGCACCCAAAUCACCGCACAACAGGAUUAAUUUACCAGAGGAGAGGAGAGGAGAGAAGAGGAGAGGACCACGAGAGAGAGAGAGAGAGAGAGAGGAUCCUGAUUCUAGCCGGCCGGGUGAUACCGGUGGCGGCAGGAGGAGGAGUAGGUGGAGUGGGGAUGGUGCUGGGCGGCGGCGCGGCGGCGGUUAGAGGGGAUGACGCCGUGGUGAUGCAGUUGGCCACCGCCGCCGAGGGGGAGGAGACCGUCAUCACCGUAAACUGCCCCGACCAGGCCGGCCUCGGGUGCGACCUCUGCCGUACCAUCCUCGAGUUCGGCCUCCGCAUCACGCGCGGCGCAGAUGUAUCUACGGAUGGGCACUGGUGCUUCGUGGUGUUCUGGGUCGUGCCUCGCUCUCCGUCCAUCAAAAUUCGUUGGGCGAGCCUCAAGAACAGGCUCAUGUCAAUGUGCCCUUCCUCAUAUUUCAUCCCUUUCUACCACGACAUCAGCCAACCAGGCCCCCCGCAGUUCUACCUUCUCAAGCUCUUGUCACCUGACCGGAAAGGAUUGUUGCAUGAUGUGACGCAUAUACUAUCGGAGCUAGAGCUUAUAAUCCACAGAGUUAAGGUGUCGACCACGCCUGAUGGAAGAGUCGUCGACCUCUUCUUUAUCACCGACGGCAUGGAACUGUUGCACACAAAAGAAAGGCAAGAAGAGACUUGCUCAACGCUAACUGCUACCUUGGAUCCUUCCAUAAACUGCGAGAUUCUAUCAGCAGAAGGGUUCCAGCAAGGGUUCUCUUCUCUUCCACCGAAAAUUGCUGACGAAUUGUUCAGGGUGGAACUAGCUGCUAGUGAAAUCUGCUCAAGUUCGCUUAGUGCAGAGUUGAAAAAGGUUCAGACGGCCACCAUUAACUUUGACAAUUACCUGAGCCCUGCACACACACUACUCCAAAUUAUUUGUGCUGAUCAGAAGGGGCUCAUUUAUGACAUUCUGAGAACACUGAAGGACUGCAGCAUUCAGAUAUUUUAUAGCCGGUUCAGGUCAGAUGAGAGAGGUUCGGCCAAUAAAGGUUGUCGAGAGGUCGAUCUUUUUAUCAAGCAAGUAGAUGGCAAGAAGGUUAUUGAUCCUGAGAAGCAGGAUGUUUUGCGGUCACGCCUUAGGUCUGAGAUGCUUCAUCCUCUUAGGGUGAUGAUCGUCAGCCGUGGACCUGAUACAGAACUCCUUGUUGCCAACCCUGUUGAGCUAUCCGGGAAGGGACGACCACGCGUAUUCUAUGAUGCUACUCUUGCUCUGAAGGCACUUGGGAUCUGCAUUUUCUCCGCGGAAAUUGGAAGACAGGCAGCGUCAGAGCGUCAAUGGGAGGUCUACAGAUUCCUCCUGGAUGACAGCAACGAGUUCCCCUUAGCAAACAGCCUGACUAAUAGGAACCGUGUUGUCGAUAGGGUAAGGAAAACGCUGAUGGGCUGUUACAACUAAGACUUGGUUUCUAUCUCCAAGAAUCCAAAGCUUGAAGGCGACUGAUAGUCAGCUGUUCCAAUGUAUCCAGUAAAUUAUGUACCGGAAGCUCAAAUUAUGGCCAUUCCAGACUCCAAAGUGGGCAGUCUCAGUGAUAAACUUUAUGGCCAAACUGGUAUCUCUAGCAUCCAUUGCCGCUGCCAACAAUUGCCAGCUUCUGUUCAUGGAAUCGAACAGAGCUUUUGAGUGUAUGAUCAAUUCCUCAGGAUAAAUGGUGAUGGGAAGUGCCAAAGCUUCAUCUAGGCCUCCACCAUCUCGCGGAAUUCAGAACUGGCAGUGUGUGUGUAACAAAGGUAAUGCAGACAUGUCACAAAUGAUGCUCUUUGGAGUUGGUUCUCCUGAGCAACGUUGUACAUGGUCGCCGGGAAUGGAGAAACUGGAGUCUGUGCGCGACAAUCUUCCUCUGCCUGACUGCCUCGUUUUGUUGUCCGCAUGUUGAGAAAGAAGAGAAGGAAGAAAAGAGCAUGCUUGGUGGAGGUGCGAAUCGAAGGAGCAAUUUUUGAGCUUUGUUUGGUUCAGGGGAUUACUGGAUGUUGACACAGAUACAUCGGUCGGGUUGUUGUAAAUUAUUAGUGCAAAUGUUGUGCUCCUCCUACAUCUGCUUCACCUGCCUUGUUUCCCUGCCAACUUCCUACCUAGCUUCCUUGUAUGAUUACUAGUACUUUCUGAGAGAGGGCAUGUAAGGUUUGUACCUCCUUGUAUUUUGUAUUAUGGGAAAGUGCAAAUUGUUAAUGCAAAGCAAAUUUACUAA